AUGACACAGUUAGAAGAACUGCAGAAAAUUUGUGGAUCAAAUACAAAGCCUGCCAUGGGAAAUGAUCAUAGUAGUUGCAGGGCUCAAGGAGCAGCCCUACAAAAUCGAAUAGACUGGCUUCAGAGGUUAGUUAAUGAAAGAUCUCAGCAGAUCAAUACCUUGGAGUCCAUGCUGGGAAAUGUUAGGCAACAGUUAGCUCUCUCUAAUGAUAAGGUUCGCCAGUUGGAAGCCGAGUUAAGCAAGGCGAAGCUGACCGCUGCAAAUGGAACAAAGAAAGUAGAAGAACUUGAACAAGAAACAAGAAGACUAAGGAGAGAACUGGAGAGUGAAAAGGCGAAUGGAAAGCAACUGAGCGAUCAGCUGCUUUCAACUGCUACUUUGUUGUUGGGGCUACAAGUGGAAAUAAGACAACUUUCUAAUGAUGCUGUAACAAGAGAAAAAGAACUACAAGAAGCAACUAAAAAGCUUCAGGAAUUGGACAGGGAAAACUGUUUGCUCGUCGAAACCUUGAGGUCCAAGCUGGAUGGUACUAAACAAAUGUUAGAUGCUUCGAAUGAUAAGGUUCGCCAGUUGGAAAUGCAAAUACAUGAAGAGAAACUAACCAUAGAAAAUGGAAUGAAGAAAAUAGAAGAACUUGAAGAUGAAGCAAGAAUAUUAAGGGAAGAGCUUGAGAGCGAAAAGGCAGUGCGAGAAGAAGUAUGGAAUAAAGCUUCUGUUCUUGAGCUUGAGAAAGGUCAGACAAUGAGAGAUCUUGAUUCUGAGAGGCAGAGGUUAAGAGGAGUCAAGGAAAGACUUAUGCUUCAGUAA